GACCACCACCACUACCGCCACAACCACCGCCACCACCACCACCACCCUGCCCCGGCCACCUAUAUAAAGCAGUGACUCGCAGACCAGCCGAUCUUUUUCGUUCUCCGUCUUCUCCUUCACCCGUCACCGUCUGUCCGCUGCCAUGAAGACCGUCGUGUUCGCAGUCCUGGUGGCGGCUGUGGGGAUGGCCGUUGCCCUGCCUAGUAUCCCGCACCCACGCCCUCGACGAGACUCCUCACCUACGCUCUACAGUCUCCCGUCAAAUGCCUCUCUCAUCCUGGGCGGCGAGAUCCACACGGGGUUCGAUUGCGCUGACUUGCCCUACGGUUACUACGCAGACGAGGCUAACAACUGCGCCGUCUUCCACGUGUGUUUGCCCUACAUUAUCUUCGACGAGAUUGUAACGCGCCACUUCUCCUUCUUCUGCGGGGAAGGUACCAUCUUCGACCAGGAGCGGUUAGUAUGCGCCGCCCCUGAAGACGCCCUGCCCUGCUCCCUGGCCGCUGUCGCACGCUCCACUAAUGAGUACUUCGGUCGCAGGGAUAUCAAUUUCCUCGAGUAGGUUCAUUCAAGGUGUUGUCUUCUCUCUCUCUCAGCAGCGUGUGUUCGUGUUACCGUCCUAGAGAUAAGGUGAUACAAUAAACUUCUAACUUAACCGUGA